AUGGACACGACAGGCUUCACCGAAACCCAGCUCACCGUCCGCCAAGCCGUCAGCCAAGUCUGCUCCCGCUUCCCCAACACCUACUGGCAACGCCUCGACCAAGACGAGCAAGACCCGGCAGACUUCCACGCGGCCCUCGCCCGCGACGGCUGGCUGGGCAUCGCCCUCCCGGAAUCCCUCGGCGGCUCCGGCCUGGGCAUCUCCGAGGCGACCGUCAUGAUGCAGACGAUUGCCGAGUCAGGGGCCGGCAUGGCGGGCGCGCAGGCCGUCCACGCAAACGUCUACGCCACGCAACCGCUGGCCAAGUUCGGCACGCAGGAGCAGCUGCGGGAGACGAUCCCGGGCAUCAUCUCGGGGCGGUGGCGGACGUGCUUCGGGGUCACGGAGCCAAACGCCGGGCUGGACACGCUGCGGCUGGCGACGACGGCGAGGCGCGAGGGCGACGAGUAUGUCGUCUCGGGGCAGAAGAUUUGGACGACGUGUGGCCAGGUGGCGUCCAAGAUGAUGCUGCUGGCGCGGACGACGGCGUACGAGGAGGCGCAGAGGCCGAGUCAGGGGCUGAGCUUGUUCUGCAUCGACUUGGAUCGCUCGCAGCCGGGGCUGGCGAUGCGCAAGAUCCGCAAGAUGGGCGGCCGGGCGGUGGAUGCCAACGAGGUCUUCUUUGACGGCUACCGCAUCCCCUCCAGCGCGCUCAUUGGCGAGGAGGGCAGAGGCUUCGAGAUUGUGCUGCACGGCAUGAACGCCGAGCGAUGCCUCCUGGCCGGCGAGGCUCUGGGGCUGGGCUACGCGGCCCUCGCCAGAGCGGCAUCGUACGCCCGCGAGAGGAUCGUCUUCCAGCGGCCCAUUGGCAUGAACCAGGGCGUCGCGCACCCCCUGGCCGACGCCUACAUGCACCUUGAGGCAGCCAAGCUGGCGACGUACCACGCGGCGAGGCUCUACGACGACGGCGCCAGCAAGACGGACGUUGGCGGCAUCACGCAAAAGGCCAUUGGCGUGGCAGCCAACAGCGCAAAGUAUCUCGCGGCCGAGGCGGCGUUUGCGGCGUGCGAGAGGGCUGUUUUGACGCAUGGGGGGAUGGGAUAUGCGGCCGAGUACGACGUCGAGAGGUGGUUCAGGGAGUGUCUGGUGCCGCGGAUUGCACCGGUGAGCAGGGAGAUGAUCUUGAACUACGUGGGAGAGAAGGCGCUGGGGCUGCCAAAGAGUUACUGA